CAGUACAAAUUGGGGGGCCAGGGGUGGAGGGGAAGCUCCUGGGGUCUGUGUGUUGCAGGUCGUGGUGACUCUGGUCUGUGGGCUCUGCGGGGUGAACAGCCAGCAUGACGACGGACCAGCAGGCAGAAGCGCGGUCCUUCCUCAGCGAGGAAAUGAUUGCGGAGUUCAAGGCCGCCUUCGACAUGUUCGACGCGGAUGGCGGCGGGGACAUCAGCACCAAGGAGCUGGGCACCGUCAUGCGCAUGCUGGGGCAGACCCCCACCAAGGAGGAACUGGAUGCCAUCAUUGAGGAGGUGGAUGAAGAUGGCAGUGGCACCAUUGACUUCGAAGAGUUCCUGGUCAUGAUGGUGCGGCAGAUGAAGGAGGAUGCCAAGGGCAAGUCGGAGGAGGAGCUGGCAGAGUGCUUCCGCGUCUUCGACAAGAACGCAGAUGGGUACCUCGAUGCCGAGGAGCUGACCGAGAUUUUCCGAGCCUCUGGGGAGAGCGUGACUGAGGAGGAGAUUGAGGAGCUCAUGAAAGACGGGGACAAAAACAAUGAUGGACGCAUCGACUUUGAUGAGUUCCUGAAGAUGAUGGAAGGUGUGCAGUAAAGGACCGACGUUCCUGCAAGCCAGGCCCUGCUCCAUGGCCGCACAGCCAAGCCAAGCCCACUUUGGGAGCAGCCUCCAGCCAGAGCACCUGGUCUCCCCUGCCCUGUGAAGCGCUCACUUUGUACAGUUCCACUGCUCCCUGAGACUGGCUCCCUUGUGGCCGUGCCCCGGGGCUGGUGGGCUGUGGACUCACCUCUCACAUGGCUGGAAAGAGCCUUUCCCCCAUCUGUAAACGCUGUGUAUAGUAUUGAAGCCUCAUUAAAAGGGUCAAAGGUUUGAA